AUGUCAAUACCCGAAGACAAUGCAGCUUUUGCGCAAAACAAGGAGUCGGAAUCACAGCAACCCGCGACGCGGUGUAUGCGGUGCCACACCGCUCUCGCUCCCAACGGCGCAUACAAGCACACCUGCGACGUGUGCCACAAGAUCAUCGGCGCGAAAGUGAACGCGAAGCUCAAGAAGGAUGCAAACAAAGCUCUCGCGAAGAUGCGCGCCGCCGCCGUGCCCGCGGUGGUCCAGCACAGUGCGAGCGUGCCAGCCUUCAAGUUGGCAGUGGAGCCUCCGAAGCCGCCGAUUGUCGUCAAGUCAAAGGCAACCACGGGGGCGACGUCGGCGCCGCAGCCUCCGAAGCGAAAGUUGGAGGAGGUGUCUGGGACACAGACGGGCGAGGAAGACUCGCGCCCCUUCAAAGUGACCGCGCACAAGGGGAAGGAGUAUCAGACGGGGGACGCGCUGCUCGAUGCGCUGGCCGCGCAGUGGCAGGGUCCCCGAGCCACCAGGGACGCGUCUUCAUCGACAGCGCAAGCCCAUGUGAACUUCAUGGGAGGAUACACCGUUGUACUCGACCCCUCCGUCUCGUCAGAGACCCGCGUCGAGCAACUCACUGGCGCGUGCAAAGCUUCAAGCAAAAGGAUUCCGAUCGGGAAGCUGGUGAGGCGCUUCAACGGUGCGUCGGAGCGGCAUUCCCGGGAGUACUGGUGCAUAUGUGCAGGCGUAGCAACCCCACCGUCGAAGCCUCCAAAUGCCCCCGCUGCCGCUGCCAGCCCUGUCCCCUCACAGCCACUCGACGCUAUCCCUAAAUCCGGGGCGCCGCUCAAGCGCAGCCAGAGCACCUUGACGACCUGGCUUGCGGCUGUGCGCCCCAGCACACAAGGCGGCCGCAGUGGGGCCGAAGAGGACGCGCCGGGCCGUGGGGUCUGUGGCGGGACCAUUGGGGUGGAUGCGGUGACAGACUUUUCGCAUCCGCUUGCGCGGAAGGGCAUCAAGGGCCAGCGGGUGACGCGCACCGGCGUCGCAUCGCGUCGCAUCGACGUUAGCGAGGACAGGCGCACCCAUCGCGAGGCCCGGCCGCGGUCCACGAGCAUGAGCGCGGCCGACUCCGGGACUUCAUCGACGACCGACGUCUUGCCUCCGAGUCGCACCGUCGGCGGGUCUCAGGAAUUCCGCACGCCUCUCCUAGGAGCCGGGCUGAUCGUAGGACUUAUCAUCGUGAUUUGUCGGUACUUCUAUUCGUGA